CUAUUCUCUUCAAUGUCAUUCCUCUUCUUACAUUAUAUUUCAAAAACCCAAAAAAGAAUGAAAAAAAAAACAGAACUUAACCUCUAAGUCUUGGCAUUUCUCCACUAACUUGUCUUCUCUCUUCUUUCCAAAUCAUUUUAUCCAUCUCCCAAAUAAAGAACCUUUUUACAACAAACACUAACUUUUCUCUCCAAUGGUAGAAAGAAGAAGCUCCAAGAAGACAACCCAAUUGGGUAACAAAGAAGAUCAAAACCCUAGAAAAUUCUACUCUCGCUUCCUCUUCAAAGCCCUAAUCCUCGCCGUGUUCUGCUCCAUCGUCCCUGUCUUCCUCUCUCAGACACCGGAGCUCGCUAACCAAACAAGACUCCUCGAGCUUCUCCACCUCGUUUUCGUCGGACUCGCCGUCUCUUACGGCCUCUUAAGCCGCCGGAACUACGACGGAGGCGGAGGAUCAAGCGAUAACGAUCACAACAAUACUAAUCCGCAUGUCUACGUUCCUAAGCUUCUUGGAGUAUCCUCUGUUUUCAACGUGGGUCACGAGAGUGAAUCCGAGCCGUCCGAUGAUUCCUCAGGCGAUCGUCGUAAAACUAAGACGUGGAGGAGCAAGUACCAGAUGAAAACUCCAGAGGUUGUUCUCUCCAGAGAGAACCAGACUCGGUUCGUCGAUCGAGUUAGCUCAGGGGUGAGAGAAAAGCCUCUGCUUUUGCCUGUUCGUAGCUUGAACUAUUCUCGUGUUUCUUCUGAUCACCCCGGCGGCCCGUGGGAGAGAGUGAGAUCGAAGAGAGAGCUGCUCAAGAGUCUCGGUGAUGAUGAUAACAGCGAUGUCCUUCCUUCUCCUAUUCCAUGGAGGUCCCGAUCAUCAUCGGCAGCAGAGGUUGAAUCUCAGACGUCCAUCAAGAAUCUAGCUACGGUUGAAUCUCAGCCGUUGAUCAAGACUCCGGUGAAUCUGACGUCAUCUUCGCCGAGAAAGUCGACGCCUUUACCUAACCUCACAACGGAUGAAGAAACCGUCAGGAAGCAGAGGUCUCGCCAACCACCGUCACCUCCGCCUCCUCCUCCGUUACCGGCGUUUUACAACUCGGCGUCGAGGAAGGAUAAUUCUCCCGGAGUUAGCAGGAUCGUCGAGUCUAGAGAAUCGGUUCAGAAGAAGAAGUUUUCAGGCGGUGAGUUUCAUCCUCCUCCGCCGCCUCCGCCACCACCACCGCCGAUGGACUACUAUAAGUCGCCUCCUACGAAACUCAGAGCAAGCAGCGAACGGAGAAAAUCUUCGGAGCAGAAGAUGAAAAGAAACUCUUCUAAAAAGGUGUGGUGGUCUGAUCCAAUCGCAGAGUCGAAGGAACUUAGGGUUACUAGAGAAGACAAUGAUGGAAGAGGUUUCGUGGGAAGCAAGGCAGCUCAGGAAUCGGAUGAUGAAGAGCAUAGAAGAAGAGAAGCUGACGUCCACGAAGAUGAUGAACACAGCGAGAUCGAGGAGAAGAAGGUAGAAGAGGAAGGAGCUUGUGGGAACCACAGUGACGUGGACAAGAAGGCUGAUGAGUUCAUUGCUAAGUUCAGAGAACAGAUUAGGUUACAAAGAAUCGAAUCCAUCAAGAGGUCUACUAAUAAGAUCUCUGCUAAUUUUUCAAAGUAGAAUGUAUUAAAUAUGUUGAAGUAACAGACGAGAAAUAACGUUUUCAAUUUAUCAUCAUAAUGUUGUAAUAUAUAUUCUGUUAUAUAUGUUCUGGCAGAAAGAUUGGAA